AACUUUUCUUAUAAAAUUAGAAUACUAGGAGGAUGAAAAAGAACGCUCCCGCUUAAUAUUUUUUCCCAGAAAACGUGAGCAACAGUACCAUCAAGUAGAGGUUUGAGGUGAUAAAGCAUAAAAGAAUUCUCAUGAAAGAGAGGCAUACGACGGUCCUAAAUUGUUAGAGAAGUACUUGUUUUCAUUCCAGAAUUGUGAAAAUUCAUCAAGAACUCAAGUUGAAAUUUGAUUUCAAAUAGUUGAUUGUGUUGGAUUGAUUGGUUGCAAUUGGACGGUGAAAGCUAAUGGUUGGUUAUGUAAAGACUACACCCAUGUAUGUUGAGUUGGUUGGGCUUCGGGGCACUACCCUUAGCUAGAAAAGAACCCAAGAUGAAUGAGAUGCUUAGAAGGAUUUGUCGGCGCAACUUCUGCACUUGUUCUCCUCGGCCGUGGCUCUUUGUUGGGUUGGGCAAUCCUGGGGAUAAAUACAGGGGAACGAGACAUAAUGUUGGUUUUGAAAUGCUUGAUGCAUUCGCAGACUCACAAGGGAUUCAUAUGGAGACAGUACAUUGUAAAGCAAUGUUUGGACAAGGUUUUGUCAAAGGCAUUCCAGUUCUCCUUGCAAAGCCACUAACUUACAUGAAUUUGAGUGGUGAAUCUACUGGCCCACUUGCAGCAUAUUACAAGCUCCCUCUCAAUCGUGUGGUUGUGUUUCAUGAUGACAUGGAUUUACCAUGUGGAGUUCUUCGUCUUCACCCCAAGGGAGGUCAUAACAGACAUAACGGGUUGAAGAGUGUGAUUUAUCAUUUUCGUGGAAAUGGAGAGUUUCCUCGGUUAAGGAUAGGUAUUGGAAGACCUCCUGGUCAGAUGGAUCCCAAAGCAUUCAUGCUUCAAAAGUUUAAUUUAACUGCAAGAGAACGAAUUGAUGCUGCAUUACUGGAAGGAGCACAUGCAUUGGAGCAAGUCUUAUCCAAAGGCUUCUCCGAAAGUUCUAAUUGCUUCAAUACAACGCAGAAGUACAAGCACAUACGAUUGCAGACAUUGCCAGCGUGAUUUCAUGCUUAAAGCUGGACGUUCCAUUGCCAUCGAUGCAUCCCUUCACUCAAAAUAACCAUCCUGUCCUCUUUACCGCACUUACUAAUUACAUGUAUUUGCUGUCAAGAAGGUGGACGUUGUUCAGGUUGAGCUAGGAUCCAACCACACUAAAUUUCUUGGAAUGCAGCUAUGUGAACUGCAGAAAUAUUGCAGGACUGUUGAGAAUUUCAGUUGCCUGUACAAAAAUUGUAUAACACUACCGACUCUACGACUGCAAGUUAGUGAAGAGGAAUUCCAGGAACCAAAAUGGGGGAAAUGAGGGAUGGAAGUAUAAAUUCUCAGCAGAUAAUGGUCUUGGUCCACAUCCUAUGACAAUUUUGUUCCUCACCCCACCCGGGAAUUAGAUGCACUGAAUAACACGCUAUUUUAUUCAUGAUAUUUUUUUUCUAUUAAUAAAUUUUCUUCGUUAUUAAUGAACUUAUUUUCUGACUUUUCUUUCGUUAA